AUCAAAUCGUUCUCUUUGGUCUUAGACGUGAAACAGCUUGAAUCAUGCCGCUGUUCAAAGAUCUGUUAAACCCUUCUCUUGAGGAAGAAAAAAGGUGUCAUAAACUGAAACGACUUGUUCAAAGUCCAAACAGUUAUUUCAUGGAUGUAAAAUGCCCUGGGUGUUAUAAAAUCACAACUGUAUUCAGCCAUGCACAGACUGUUGUCCUCUGUGUCUCCUGCUCGAUGGUGUUGUGCCAACCCACAGGAGGAAGAGCUCGUCUGACAGAAGGUUGUUCAUUCAGGAGAAAGCAGAAUUAAACUUCACAAUCCUGAGGAAUGUAUUCUGUAAUCCACAAAUAAAACUCAAUUUCAUCAUUGAUUUAUCAUUAAAUAUCAUGCCUAUAUGCCCACUAAUGCUGGUGACGUUGCUAUUAUCCAAUCGGCUUGUGCGGCRAUAAGACAUACCCUGAAUGAGCUUUUUUUAUAUUUUCUAGCCACCCACAAAUGCAGMCAUCUGUAUUGUUAUAAUUUUCGUCGGCCUGUGGGUUUAUGAUUCAUUACAUCUUCAUCGCAGCAUGGAAUUAGUAGAUUGAAAGGAACAUCUGUAAUAUAUGUUAUUUGAUAGUAUUAAUUGGGAAUAAAUCAUUGCUGAAAUUGAGAGGAA